GCCGAACGAGUUUCGGAAUCAGUUGCAUUUAGAACGCCUUUCGAAGUGGAUUUAUUGUGCUCAGUUUUACAAUUUAUUGGAUUGUGCGACCUCGAACCAUUAAUCAGAAAUUUGCUCCAGUUCAAUGAAGGUUCAAAAGUGGUGACAUCAACGCAAACGUGCUUCAACAGAACAUUUGGAUAUCGUAUAGCUCGGAAGUAUCUACAGCCGUGUGUUUUUAAAACAGAUCAGUGCUUUUCGUUAGGAAGGGUGGACUUACAAUUGUUCUUUCGUUCAGUAAUUGAAAGGAAUGCCCUUUAACUGUAGUCGCGACUGUGUUGGUAUUAGAUACCGCAUCAACUCCCUGCACCAGACCUGGAAGUGGCUGCAUCAGACCAUUGCCCUGCAUGAAUAUCUCAUCUCUAUGAGCGCUUCGGACACGGACCUCGCCACUGUCUCACUAAACCGGAAGCAUUAGCC